AUGGCCACCACAAAUUCUCACAGUUCCCCCCUAUCUGAUGUUGUGCGGGAGCUCGAUCUCAACGCACCACCCCCUGCUCCCCUCGAUCUGCUAUCAACAGUCUCAUCCCUUUUUGCCCGACGGCAAGAAAAGCUUCACAAGGAGAGACUUACUCUUCAGGACGCAGAGGAAGAGGCUAAAUUUGUUGCUGCUCGAGCAGCUACGCGCAAAAGAUUACAGGAAGAGGAAGAGGAAGAGGCGGAAAUGCUGGACAGACUGGAAAGAGCCCUCGUUCCCACUCCUCGAAUCAAGGAUACGGAACCUUCCAAAGAGGAGAUCGAAGCUCUCGUCAACAAAGAACUUGCCAAAGAAGAGCAAGGACCUGGUUUACGUCGGGCCAAGCACGAGACAGCAGAGGAGUAUGAAAAGCGGAUGGUUGCGCUGGAGUAUCGUGUUGACUGUCUCGACAUCAUUGAAAAGGAACGCAAGCAAAAAGAGCCUGUCCACUACGUAGACGGGCUACCUACCAAUGUUGUCAUUAUCGAUCGCCACUUUCGCCCUAUCCCGGAGACUCCUGCAGGCAACUUUUCUUGCCUUCAAUGCGAGGUUCUGGAUAGACGAUGUGGACGUACGAGUGACAACGCACGCAUCUGCGAGGCUUGCGAACGGCUUGGGAGACGAUGUCUGGUCAAGCAUCUAUGGACGCAGGAAAGCAAGCUCAUGGAGUCGUGGAAGUUUGCUAAAAGUCAACGCUACGGAUACGACAACCUAAAGGACGAGAGAAGGAAAUGGGUGUGGAGGUUGAGGUUGAGGCAAAAGGAGAAGCUCAAGGGCUUUCAGCCUAUGCCGGCGUGGCCAGAAAAGAAGGGCUCGGAUGUCAAAACUGGACAGCAAAACACGCCUAAAAGGUGGCAAGACUACUUGAGGUCUACUUGA